UCUUAAAAAAAAAAAAAGAAGAAGAAGAAAAAGAAGAAGAAAGCAGGCCAGGCACAGGGUGACAGGGACAGACCUACUGGGACUUCAGUGCAGGUGGCUCAGCGCCCCCGUGUGGCCAGCUAGAGCAGCCAGCGAUAGUCAGGACGGGCCCCAGGGCGACCCCCUCCACCUUCCAGGUGUCCUAGAAAAACGUUUGCAGGUGGAAACCGGGUUAGUGUCUUGGUAACUGUGUAACCUCCCAACUGUGUGUCUCGUCUCCCUUGACGUCCUCCUGGCCCCAACGAUGACGCCGCUGCACCAUAGCUUGCAGCACGCUCCCUGCGUUUCAAGCAGCAGGAAGGGAGGGACUCUCCACGCAAGGGCCAGGUGUCCUGGCGCACGGGGUGGGGGGGGGCGUCUGGGUAUGACGCAGCUUUGCAGGAUUUAGCGCGCAUCAGCUCAGCUCCGUGACGCAGGGGGGCAACAGCAGCUGGGCACAGGGGUGCGGGACAGCAAGGGGGAAGAGAGCAAGAGAGGCUUUCAGGGAGGAGCCCCGUUCCGCUCCCCUCCUCACCGCGAUGCCCCUUGUCUUCCAGACCCGCGCGCGCAGGAGCGCCAGCAGCGCCACGAUGGAUAUGAACAUGACGCGCCCGGACAACGCCACCAUCCUGAUGCUGCGGGACCCGACCAUCGCCGUGGUCCUGCCGGUCGUGUACUCGCUGGUGGCGCUGGUCAGCAUCCCCGGCAACCUCUUCUCCCUGUGGGUGCUGUGCCGUCACAUCGGGCCGCAGUCCCCGUCGGUCAUCUUCAUGAUCAACCUCAGCGUCACGGACCUGAUGCUGGCCAGCGUGCUCCCGUUCCAGAUCUACUACCACUGCAACGGGAACCACUGGGUCUUCGGGGAGCUGCUGUGCAACGUGGUCACCGUGGCCUUCUACGCCAACAUGUACUCGUCCAUCCUCACCAUGACGUGCAUCAGCGUGGAGCGCUUCCUGGGCGUGGUGUACCCGCUGGCCUCCGCGCGCUGGCGCCGGCGCCGCUACGCCGUGGCCGCCUGCGCCGGCGUCUGGCUGCUGCUGCUGGCCGCGCUGUCCCCGCUGGCGCGCACCGACCUCACCUACACCGUGGAGGCGCUGGGCAUCGUCACCUGCUUCGACGUGCUCAAGUCCACCAUGCUGCCCAGCGUGGCCAUGUGGGCCAUCUUCCUCUUCACCCUGUUCAUCGUGCUCUUUUUCAUCCCCUUCGUGGUCACCGUGGCCUGCUACACGGCCACCAUCCUGACGCUGCUGCGCACCUCGGACCCGCACGGCCGCGGCCAGCGGCGCCGCGCCGUGAGCCUGGCCGCCGUGGUGCUGCUGGCCUUCGUCACCUGCUUCGCGCCCAACAACUUCGUGCUGCUGGUGCACAUGGUCAGCCGCCUGUUCCUGGGCGGCAGCUACUACCACGUGUACAAACUCACGCUCUGCCUGAGCUGCGUCAACAACUGCCUGGACCCCUUCGUGUACUACUUUGCGUCCCGCGAGUUCCAGCUCCGGCUGCGGCGCUACCUGGGCUACGGGCGGCUGCCGGCCAGCUGCAGGGACACGCGCCGGGAGACCCUGUUCUCCGCUCGGACGCUGUCGGCGCGCUCCAUCUCCAGCGGCCACGGCGACGGGCUCGACGCCCCCAGCCGGCCGUCCCUCAAUAGGCAGGAGAGCGUGUUCUGAGCCCCGCACCCCUGGGAGGGGGGACAGCUGGGGGAGAGAGGGCACGGUCCUUCCCCAACGGCCUGCCAGCUGCAGCCGCCACGGCUGCUUCUGCUCUGUCCGCCAGCGUGCGCGCGGAGAGGGUCCCCGGGCGGGCACGGAGGCCGCCUGGAGCCCGUGCUGGGUCAGCCAGCGUGCGCACGGAGAGGGUCCCCGGACGGGCACGCGGGCCGGCUGGACUCCGUGCUGCGUCCCCCAGCGUGCGCACGGAGAGGGUCCCCAGGUGGGCUUGAGCCUGGUGUCCCAACACAGCGCAGGGCACAGGGAAGCAGCGAGACAGAACAUGGGACAGGACCCAGCGUACCAGGAGGACUGGCCCUGCUUCCUGAGGAUGACCACCCAACUUGACCGAGCAGCCAGCCAGCCCAAAUGAAUCCCCUCCACCCCCAACAUCCUCCUGCCUGGGUUUCUCUGCCUCCUGCUGGGGGCUGCCGGUGACACCUGCUGCUCCCCGGCCUGGGGACCCAGGCACCUGGCAGGACUGCGGACCACACAACCCGGCAAGGCUUUGAGCUUAGGGGCCUUCGGGGUGGAACAACUGUGGGGCAGGCAGCCUCCCCAUUGGUCAUUUGAGAUACAGAUGGAGAUUGAUAGCUGCUAUCCGGGGGGGCCGUGGGGGCACCUGCUCCCGCUGUCACUGCUUUGGAAGGAAAACAGACA